AUGGACAUGAAUUUGUCAGCGCGUUGUGCUUUUGUUCUUUUUCUGUUGGCAUUUGUAGAUUUGAAAAUAGUCUCUGCUGCAGAAACGGGAGGCACAUCUACAGCAAAGCCUGGAGUGUGCCCUCGUAGACCAUGGGGCGUAGGGACAUGUGCAGAGUUCUGUUUCAAUGACAGUGACUGCCCCAAUGAUGAAAAAUGCUGCUACAAUGGAUGUGGGCAUAACUGCAUUGCACCGUACACAGCAAAGCCUGGAGUGUGCCCUCGUAGACGAUGGGGCGAAGGGACGUGUGUGGAGUUCUGUUCCAAUGACAGUGACUGCCCCAAUGAUGAAAAAUGCUGCCACAAUGGAUGUGGGCAUGACUGCAUUGCACCGACACAGUGAAGCCCGGUCGCUGUGUCCUGCCCAACGGGACCUACAUGUGUGCCGAGUACUGUUACAAAGAUGGCCAGUGCCCCGAGGAACAGAUGUGUUUCCAGAUAUGUUGAUUCUAUGCCUGCAGUGAGCCAUUGAAGCUUUAUUGGAAAUUCUUAUUAGUUAUAAGAAAUAAGUAGAAAAUACAAAUCAUUACAUGUACAAUUAUGUCUAUGAAAACUGAUGAUUUUAUGCAAUAAUAAAUAUGAAAAAUGAUCAUAGCUUUUAUGGAAACUGGACAAUUUUCAUGGGCAGUAUGUGAAUUGACAAACUCAUGUGGACUGCUGAAUUUGAAUAAAACAAG